AUGGAAGGGUCUUAUGAUGUUUCAUCAUGUAAUGGAGGAGAAUCGACACAAAUAAUUGAAAAUUCUUCGCCUUAUGAUAAAUCAUCAUGCAUGAAAUUGUCAUCAUUUUCAUCAUUACCUUGGUUUGAUGUAAGAGUUUUUUAUGUAAGAGUAAGUGGAAUUCAAGUGAAUGAUGAAUCAACAUCGCAAUUUCUAUAUCUUCAUCAUGUACCUUUAAGUCCCGAUACGCUUUUAGAAAUAAACGGUGUUCGAAGUAACAUGAACAAUGAUGAAGAUUCUUCGAUUCUAAGAAGGGAUAGAAUUGAUAAGAAAUCUGAACAAGUCACUUUUGUGAAUACAGAUAGUAUAAGAUUAAAUGGCAGUAUGAAGUUUGAGAUUUGUGAUGAAGAUCAAUGUAUUCUCUCAUGUGUUCUUGAGAUGAAUAAGAGAUUUUGGAGUAUGAAUUGUGAAACAGAAAUGAAACCUAAUAGUGGUUUUUUCAAAGGAAAAAAUGUUUGUGUUCCUGAAAUUGAGGUUUAUGUUGCUGGUUGUUUCUUAGGAACACCUAUAAUCUUAACUAGGACACUGCAGUUCAAUUGUAGGAAGAAGCAGAAUAGGAAUUUGGGUAUGUUGGAUGUGAUUCCGGAAUACGAAACAACUGAGUACAAGAAAGAUGUUUCUGAUGAUCAUGAUCAUCAUGGACUUGAUUUGCAGGGAGCUGAGUACAGAAGCUUCAAACCAGAAAAAGAAGAGGAUUACAAUAACAUGUAUUGGCAAAGAACAGCAUACAUGGACAUGGAAGAUGGUGGUGAGCUAUCAUGGUUCAAUGCUGGAGUAAGAGUUGGUGUUGGAAUUGGACUUGGCAUCUGUGUAGGAGUUGGCAUAGGAGUCAGUCUUUUAGCGCGCUCUUACCGAACAACUACUCGAAAUUUCAAGAGGAAGUUCAUAUAA